CCAUCCCAUAGUAGAACCAAACACAAAGAGCAGAAGCAGCAGAAGAACUGCUCGCAAAAAAUAGUUUCAAAAAACGCUUUUAAAAUGCGCGAACUUGUGCUACUAAUGGCAAUUUUGAGCUGCCUUACGCAUGCAGUUGUAUCCCUUAAUUGCACUAAAGAUUUGCAUCAUCUGGCGGACAAACAGAUGUAUUUCAUUAUCUGCACCACAACGCAUGCAGUUCCAGUGCGCGAUGAACGAAUUUGCGGCAGCUGCAAAUCGCAAAAUGAUGAAAUGGUUGCCAGCUAUAAUGGGCUGAUGCAGAACUGUUCGGAUCUCUAUAAGGAUGUGAAUCGCUUAAACAUUGUAAUUACCACGCAUGAACUGCUCGAGGGUCUGUGGAACAAAGCCUAUUGUGAAAAUUGUUUUGAAUCUGGUGGACACUUGUGGAAUAAUUUCACGGUUUUAUAUAACUCUUUCCUCGCGUGCAAUAGAUCGACCAAUGCCAAAGAUAUUUGCACCGAAUGUAAAUCGCAUUAUCUGAAUAUGAACGAUUUCUACACGGAUUUGGAUAAGUCACAAAAGGGUCACAUCUGUUUCGAUAUACAGGAUAUUAUGAAUAGCACCCGUGUCCUGUGGUCCAAGCAAUUAAAAUGCUGUCAGCGUGAAGUUAAGAUGACAACAUUCCUGACCAGCGUUGGCGUCGUGGCUCUGCUACCGCUGUUGCUCUUCUACGGCACUGCCAUUGUGCUGACCAAGCGCAGAGAGGCGCGUCAUGGUCUGCUAAAUGAUCAGGAACCUGAACUCGAUGCACCUUCCACCUCACAAUUGAUCACCGCGGCAAUUCUGUCGACGCCCUCUGAGUCUACGGCUGAGGUGACAGCCAACACAGAAAAGAUAGCGAAGCUUUUGACGCGCCCUGACGCUUCCAGUGAUUCGAGCGACAGCGACGACGAGCCCGCAAUUAAGCCAAAGAAUAACUAAAUUAAAUAAGCAUCAUCCCAACUAGUGUGAUAAGCAUUUCGUUUGAUGGGAAAUUCCCUUCAUUUGUUAUCUAAACUGAGCGAAUUUUCCUCAUACGUAUUAUAUUCUGAAAUUGGAAAAUACGCUUUUAUCUACAAACAGGGGAUUCCCCAAGAAAAAAAAUGCUGAGCCUUUUUAACCUAAACGAAACUAUUUCUAUUUGUAUCAAGUAAUUAGCGAAUUUCCCUCAAAACAUGUCGCAAUGGGAAAUUCUGCUUCUAAAAA